AUGCUUUCCACUUUGACGCUUCGACUUGCCCUAUCAGGAACCCAGCAGAAUGGCGGUGAAGUUUUUGCUGUUCACUUCACCUUGAAAUUUUGGGUUGAGACCUUCUCCGGCACCGGCUUCGAUAGUUGGCCUCGCUCGUUGACACGGAAGUUCAAAAACCUGCAUGGCCUUGGGGACGCCUACGCAUCAGGCUGA